UCUAACUCCUCAACAAACACAAAAUUUCAAAAUCAUGUUAUAGAAAGACCCAUGUUUUCUUGGACAAUGUCAAAUGUUUCCCUAUAUAUUGAAACAUUUAACCAACAAUGUGAAAAUGUACACCUUCUUUUAUAUCACAUCAAAAACACUUCUUCCUUCUUCCUUCUUCCUUCUUCCUCAACAUGAUAUCACUUUAUUAAAUUCUUCAAUAGUUUAUAUAAUCAUUAGAUAUUAGAAACAACUGUUUUUUUUAACCAUGCCUGCAAAACUAGCUGAAGUUAUGUGGCCUGCAUUAGUAGCUAAUAAGAUACUCAACAAGAGACUUGGAAGUAGUAAUUUUGUAGCAGAUUAUCCAAGUUAUACAGAUCCUUUAUUGGCUAUCACAAAUGAUGAUCAAUUAUCUUUAAGCACCAAAACCAUUCUUAAUGAUCAUACUCAUACACAAAAGUACAAGGUUUUUGUGAGUACAUGGAACAUAGGUGGAAUUGCACCAUAUGAAGGGUUGAAUAUUGAAGAUUUGUUGGAGACAUGCAGCAAGUCCUUUGACAUCUAUGUAUUUGGGUUCCAAGAAAUUGUGCCAUUAAAAGCAUCAAAUGUAUUAGGAUCUGAAGAUAACAAAAUUUCUACAAAAUGGAAUACUUUGAUUAGAGAAGCUUUGAACAAAAGGACACAUGAUCAAUGUUGCAAGGAUAUUCAAAGUGAUAAUAUAAAGAAAAAUAUGAAUAAUAUUUAUCAUGGAAAUCCAGCUCAGCAGUGUAAUAAAGGCCCACAAGAUUUUCAUUGUAUCAUUAGCAAGCAAAUGGUUGGUAUAUUGAUAUCUGUGUGGGUUAGGAGUGACCUUAGUCCAUUCAUUAGACAUCCAAGUGUUUCAUGUGUAGGAUGUGGCAUCAUGGGCUUCUUAGGCAACAAGGGUUCUGUAUCUGUGAGAUUUCUGUUACAUGAAACAAGCUUCUGCUUUGUAUGCAGUCAUCUAGCUUCUGGAGGAAAAGAGGGUGAUGAGAAGCAUAGGAAUUCUAAUGUGGCUGAAAUAUUUUCUAGGACAAGUUUUCCAAGAGGCCCUCUUUUUGAUUUACCAAGAAAGAUUCUUGAUCAUGACCAUGUAAUAUUGCUUGGAGAUUUAAAUUACAGAAUUUCUUUACCAGAAGAAACCACACGCUUACUUGUUCAAAAAAGAGAUUGGGAUUCUCUAUUACAAAAUGAUCAGCUAAAGCUGGAGCUAGAGAGUGGACACAUAUUAAGAGGUUGGCAUGAAGGAGCAAUCAAAUUUGCCCCAACAUACAAGUACUUUCCAAAUUCAGAUAUGUACUAUGGUUGUUGUUAUCAUGGAAAGAAUAAGACAGCAAAGAGAAGAUCACCAGCAUGGUGUGACAGAGUUAUAUGGAAUGGCAAGGGUUUAAAUCAAAUUGAGUAUGCUAGAAGUGAAUCAAAAUUAUCAGACCACAGGCCUGUCAAGGCACUGUUUACAGCAGAAGUCAAGGCAUUGAAAAGCUUUCCAAGCUUGUUUAUCUCAGAGAGAUUUGAACAAAUUAAAAAUGUGUUUGAAAUUUCCCCUGUUCAUGACUUUGUAUGUCAAAAACAAUCAAGUUUUCGGUUGUAAAUAUUUUUUUAUGGUUUUAUACAUAUUAUACAUUAUACAUAACAUGUUUAAA